AUGGUGCCUCAACCACUCAACCUCACCAAAAGCUCCUUUCUUUCAGCUCCAGCAGCACGAGCUUUUGGUCCCAAAACCCCAACAGACAUACCCAGCUUCGCCCAGACCUCAAGUCCUCCACGCCACAUGGCCCCGAAACAGCGUCGCCGCGCUACAGUGAUUGCACUCAAUGGCCGAACACCUCCUCACUUUGCCUUGGAGUCUCCCCCACGCAGGCGUAAGAGUGCGACUGAUCGUCGCAAGAGUUUACAGCCGCAUCUCUGCUCUGCACAGAGUCUAACGUUGCGCAAUCCAAGUAAUGGCUUGAUGCGCCAGGACUCUGCGAAAAAGAACACUCAUUGCGACUGCACUUCGGGCCUGGAUAUAAAGUUGACCGAGCUUUGCGUCCAGAGGCCAGAUCGCGAGCCUCUGCGGUCGCCGGCGUUGUUUGCACCUUGUCGCUGGAGUAUUCCUUCUCCGACUCCAGGGAGCUCUUUUGAACAGAGCGAGCAGGUUUAUUAG